GCAGGUGCGAAACUACCACCCCCAACUCAAAACAGCCAAUCUUCAGAGACCAACCAAAACUCAAGCAAUUCCAUCCUCGUCUACGGCUCGGAAACAACCAACACUCGGUCUGUCCGGAUUCUUCAAGAAUGUCGAUCCCAUAUAAACAAGAAUUGCCGCCAGUUGGGGGGUAUGAGCCGGUCAAGUUCAAGAGGAACUUGCCGAUCAGAGGGCCCUCAGGUAGUCUGAUCAUUGGCGGGGUGUUCGUGACCUGCUUGUAUGGAUUCUAUCGAUACGGACAAGGGAAUGUGGAGAAACGAGAAUUGAAGAGAGAGAACAUGUGGUCGCGGAUCCAUCUGGUGCCGAUCUUGACAGCCGAGAAUGAUCGGGACCUGUUCCGACGAGAACGAGCGCGGAUCGACCGGGAACGAGAGAUCAUGAAGGACGACCCCACUUGGGUCGUUGGCCAAAGCGUCUACAAUACCAAGAAAUACGUCCCUACAACGAUCGUCCCAUUAUAAUCGCAACCUUCUGUCUCACAUUGUAACCAAACACACACACACUCACCUCUUGCCACAUAUAUGUCUGAAAAAACUUGCAGUUUCUUGUCGCUCCGUGUUGGACUGCUUGGCAUGGUAUAAGUCCUCAUGGACACUGUCAUUUCUUCUCCAUGUCAUACUUCUAUGAGCAGAAGGAGAGCAGCUUCGAUGUCCCCACCACUGCACGGGGCUCCUGUUUAGUGAGGAGAUAUAAUUUUGAGAAAUCGAGAGCUUUGUUGCUCGACAU